AUGGCCCUGGAUGUCAGCUAUGGGAAACAGCUAUCCCAGGGAAAAGGCUUCCGCAUCUACGACAGCUCCUUUUCCAAGAUUCUCGGCUCCAACCCAUCAAUCACCCAAGUCCAAAGCCGUGACUAUCAGUUUGCUCACGAAGCGGGAGUGUACAUCAAAUCAACCAACCGUGUCUACUUUACCGCAAACUUCCAGACUUGCGAUCCAAUCACUUUGUACUCUGUUGAUGCCACAACUCUGAAGGUCGAGGACGACAAGUUCACAGGCUGUGUACAAGCAAACGGCGCCUGUAACUACAAGGACAAGAUCCUCUACUGCUGUCAAGGCGACCGCGAGAACCCAUCCGCCUUGGUUCUCGUAGACCCCAUCACCAAUACCUCCGAACCUCUGAUUACAAACUUCCAAGGCCGCCCCUUCAACAGUGUAAACGACGCAGUAAUCCACCACGCAAACGAUGAAAUCUGGUUCACAGACCCAACCUACGGCUACGAGCAAGCUUUCCGCCCUUCCCCAGACCUACCAUCCCAAAUCUACCGCUUCAACCCAUCUACUGGAAAGAUCUGGUGUGUGGCUGAUGGCUUUGUACAGUGUAAUGGCCUCUGCUUCAGCCCGGACUACAAAACUCUCUACGUAACAGACACAGGAGCCUGUCAAGCCCACUCUGGCCCCGGUGACGGCCACAAUUUCUCAAUGAACCCACGUCUCCCUGCCACAAUCUACGCUUACGAUGUCGUAAACUCGGGCACUUGCCUCACCAACCGCAGAACUUUUGCAUACUGUGACAACGGGGUUCCUGAUGGCAUCAAAUGUGAUGAAGAAGGAAAUGUGUACUCGGGAUGUGGAGAUGGCGUGCAUGUGUGGGAUAAAGAUGGAAGCCUGAUUGGGAAAAUUGUGGUGGGGGGUUGUGUUGCUAAUUUCUGCUUUAGUAAGGAGGGCAUAUGGAUGUUUGGAGAGGAGGAGUUGUAUCUUUGUAAGUUUGCUGCUAAAGGUGCUCUUGUGAGUAUUGAGUGUGAGUAG